GUGGGAGUGGGAGUGGGAGUAGGAGUAGGAGUAGGAGGAGGAGGAGGAGUAGGAGUAGGAGUAGGGGGAGUAGUAGGAGUAGGAGUAGUAGGAGUAGGAGUAGUAGGAGUAGGAGUAGUAGGAGUAGUAGGAGUAGUAGGAGUAGUAGGAGUAGGAGUAGGAGUAGAAGUAGGAGUAGGGGGAGUAGUAGGAGUAGGGGGAGUAGUAGGAGUAGGAGUAGGAGUAGAAGUAGGAGUAGGGGGAGUAGUAGGAGGAGGAGGAGGAGGAGGAGUAGUAGUAGGAGUAGAAGUAGGGGGAGUAGUAGGAGUAGGAGUAGGAGUAAGAGUAAGAGUGGGAGUAUGA